ACAGUAUCUUCAGUUCAGAGUAAUGGACCAGAGCAGCUGGACCAGGACCGGACUAAAACAGGACUAGACCAGGACUACACCAGGACUAGACCAGAACUAGACCAGGACUCAGAUCCAAAACCACUUUAAAUGAGCCAAUCACAGAAGUGCUGACAGGUCACAUGACUCUGGAGUGAAGCCCCGCCCAUUUUCACAGGAAACAUGGACUAAACCAGGACUAAACCAGAACUGAACCAGGUCCAGGAUGGGCUCUGGUCUGUGUAAGAAGAAACCACCCCCAGAACCAAAGGAGGACCCAGCCCCAAAGCACAGUCUGGUCUUGAACCUAACCCGAAGAGGACUCAAGGAUGUCCCGGCAGAGGCCUGGUCUCAGUCUGAUCUGCAGAAGCUGAACUUGUCCCUCAACUGUCUGCGCUCUGUGUCUCCUCAAAUCUGUGUCCUCAAAAACCUGCAAGUCCUCAACCUGUGGGGCAACCAGGUGUGUUCUCUUCCUUCAGAAGUGGGGGCACUGCAGAGGCUCAGAGUUCUGUUUUUAUCCAGAAACAAACUCACAGAAAUCCCAGAGGAGCUGGGACAGUGUACACAACUUGAGGUCCUCAGUGUGUCUCAGAACCAGCUGCGAUCUUUGCCCUGGACUCUGUCAAACCUCCUCAACCUGAGGAAACUCAACCUGAGCAACAACCAGUUUAGCCAACUGCCCACCUGUGUGUACAGCCUCAGGAGUCUGGUGUUUCUUGACCUGGGUUGGAACCUCCUGGAGAACCUGGCAGAGAACAUCCAGAACCUGACAGAGCUCAGGAUCUUAAUCCUGGAGGGAAAUCACCUGAACAGCCUGCCCAAAGCCUUGUGCAACCUGAGCAGCCUGGAGCUGUUGAAUGUUGACUUCAAUGACAUCAAAGAUGUUCCUCAGGAGUUCCAUCAGCUGACGGGGCUCCGCAGACUGGCCUGUCACCCUCUGGACUCAGGUCUGCACAUUCUCCACAACCCUCUGAUGAAGCCCACUAAGGAGGUGCUGGAGGGAGGGCUGAAUGCGCUGUACAGCUACCUCAGGACCCCCGCAUAGACCAGACCAGGACCAGAUCAGCACCAGACCAGGACCAGAGACCAGACUGAGUCCAGACCCUCCCCUAAGUCCAGUGAGAUGUUGGAUGGAUGUGGGCCCCAUCUGAAUGUAACUCUCUUUGUUUAAACCUGCUCAGGUGUGAAGAGUCAGAGAGAAGUCAGAUUACUCACAUCAGAUGGAACUAUUUACAUCACAUUUACUUAAUAUCAGAGUUGUGUGUUACUCAGCCGUCAUUAAAAAGGGGGUAUUUAACUUCUGGGGUAUUUUGCUUUUACUUUUGUUUUUGACACUCCAUUGUCUUCCCUCCCUUUGCUAAGUCACUCCCCCUGCAGAGUGAUGUCGCAUUACAAUCACUGUACAUGCCACUAAUGAAACUACUGCACAGGUGUGUCCAGUUGUUGUGUACAGAUUUUUAUCCUGCUUUUGGUAUAUUUAUGGAGGAGUAUGGGAGCAUGGGUGACGUAGGCUUGUGGGCGGAGCCUUGUAGAGGAUCAUACAGCUGACGCGUCUAUAAACGCUUCAGGCCACACUUUUGAUGAGGGAAAAACAUUUUAACAUGGUAGAAAGCUCAAAAAGUAGAUUUUUAACUUUAACCGUCAGUGUUUAGUGUAACAUGCCUAUAACAGGUCACACACUAUUUAUCAAAAC